AUUUAAUCGUAAAUUAAAUUAUUAAGAUUUAUCAAAAUGGAAGUAAAUUCUGACACACAACCAACUCAAGGUUUGGAUGAAACAAGAAAAAAAGUUAUUGCUCUUGCACAGUCAAAACCUAAGGGAAUAUUGGAUGAGGAUGUUGCAACAAUUAUUCCUGAGAUUAAACAAAGAGUUGUUAUAAUUAAUGAUCUACUUCACAAGAAAUUUCUUACUUUAUUCACAUUGGUUAAUGGAAAGUUCCUGUAUAAAUAUAGAGAGCCUGUUGUAGGUGUAAAAGUAGCUGAUGAUCAAGAAAAAUUAGUUUAUGAAUUAAUUGAAAAAGCUGGAAACAAAGGAAUAUGGAUUCGUGAAAUAAGGCAAAAAUUAAAUUUAACUCAAGCUCAAACGACUAAAGUAUUGAAAAGUUUGGAAAAGAAAAGAAUCAUCAAAGCGAUAAAACCAGUUGGAGAUUCUAAGAAAAAUUUUGUUAUGUUAUACCACUUAGAACCACCAAGUUCGGUUACUGGUGGUGCAUGGUAUCAAGAUCAAGAAUUUGAAGGUGAGUUUGUUAAUGUAUUAAAUGAGCAGUGUUAUCGAUACUUGGAAAAAAAAAGGGAGAAAGCUAUCAAGGAAGAUUUAGGCCCAAUAGCAGAGAAAAACGGCUCAUUCGCUCCAUCUACAGAUGUAUUGAAGUAUAUUUCAGAGUUGGGAAUAAGUAAAGUAAAAUUGAAGUUGGAGGAUUUAGAGAUGAUUUUACACACAUUAAUUUAUGAUGGCAAAGUAGAAAAAAUAACAACUAGCAACGGAAACAAUAUGUACAGAGCUGUUCAACCAUUGGUUGGAUUUACAGGUUUAAUGACAAGUCCUUGUGGUGUUUGUCCUGUGCGAAAAGAUUGUUCUGAUAUUGGUACAAUUACACCCCUCACUUGUCAGUAUUUCUCUGAUUGGUUGAGUUAGUAACAAUUGCAUUUUCAGAAAAUAUUUUUACAAAAUAGUUCAAGGAAAUUGUUAAAAUUCAACGUUUUAUGUAAAUGUUCA